UAUUAUUGUGUAGACGUCAACAAAAAAAUCCUUAUCAAUAAUUGUGCGCUUUCGCCCUCUCGGAAUUCGCAUUCGCAUCAAAAACGCCAAUUUCUCACGUAAUACACUGGUGACUACACGCGAGAACUCACAUACGGUUCGCCGAGAUGAUGAUGAGCCGCGCCGAUGGUCUGGUGCAGAGGCGCAACGUCAACAGAGACAACGCGGACGGCGUGUCCAAGGAAAACGGCCAAUCGACGGCAGACAAACUUGACUACGAAGAGGACAUCGACGAUGGUGACUCGAAAGAAACACGGCUCACGUUAAUGGAAGAAGUGCUGCUGCUAGGUCUCAAAGACAAAGAGGGAUAUACAUCAUUUUGGAAUGAUUCAAUUUCAUCUGGCUUACGUGGAUGUAUACUUGUUGAACUUGCACUUCGUCAAAGAAUUGAACUAGAAAAGGCAGGGAUGCGAAGAAAAAGCUUACAAAUGAGAAAAGUAAUUAUAAAAAAUGAGACACCUACAGGUGAUGUUUUGUUAGACGAAGCUCUCAAACAUAUCAAAGAGACUAAUCCUCCUGAAACAAUACAAAGUUGGAUUGAAUAUUUGAGUGGUGAAACGUGGAAUCCUUUGAAAAUUAAAUAUCAAUUGAAAAAUGUUAGAGAACGAUUAGCAAAAAAUUUAGUAGAGAAAGGUGUUCUUACCACUGAAAAACAAAAUUUCCUUUUAUUUGAUAUGACUACCCAUCCAUUAACAGAUAAUGAAGCUAAAGUGAGACUAGUUAAAAAGGUACAAGAUGCUGUUUUGUCUCGAUGGAUUAAUGAUCCGCAUAGAAUGGAUAAACGACUAUUGGCUUUAUUAUUGUUGGCUCAAGCAUCAGAUGUAUUAGAAAGUGCAUUUUCUCCGUUAAAUGAUGAAGAUUAUGAAUUAGCCACUAGAAGAUUAAGAGAAUUAUCAGAUAUGGACUUAGAAGUUGAAUCAAUGAAAGGUUCUACUAAUGACGUAAUUUGGGCUGUAUUUGCCAAUUUCAAUAAAUAAGUUCAUUUGAGACCAAAUAGUUAACCAACAUUUUUAAUACAUUUCUGGGGGGAGAAUAUAUAUAUAUGUAAUAAAUAAUAAUGUUGUAUAAUCCUUUGC